AUGCUAUUUUUAUUUAUUAUUAUGGUUCUGCUAUCCCCAUUAUUUAAUGGAAUGGAUCAAAAUCCUAACUGGAAUUCAUGUUGCAUGUCAUGUUGGAAUAGUUCAGGAAAUUUAUGCCCAGACAUUUGUCGGGGCUUUAAUUUUCAAGAAUGGAUAAAUAAUUGCUGGCAUAAUUUUUGUACUACUUGCAAUAAUAUUUUUGGGAAUCAUAAUGCAAAUCAAUAUGAUUAUCAGUCAAAUGGCGGAGGGGAAUAUCAAACAGAAUAUAAUGAAGAAGGUUCUGAUGGCGAGGUUCAUGAAGGCGAGGAACAACAUUACAAUACAGAGGAAGAAUGGGAAGAAAUGCCUUCUGCAUCGCAAGGACAAACAAGCCGCUAUCAUUAUGUAGAAGAAGAAGAAUGUGAAGCAGAAUAUGAUGAAGAGGAAUAUGAAGGAGAAUAUGAUAAUGAUGAGGGAGAGUGUGAAGAAUUGCAGUCUGGACAUUAUAACCCAGAUAUACAUGAUCAAUUUGGACAAAUGAAUAUAGGAGGUAAAUUCUUUAAAGUUUAUAAGAGAUUAUAG